ACAAUUCGAUGUGCUGAUUUUUUCAAGCCUUCCCUUUUGUGUGGGUUGGAAUGCCCGUAUCCCUAAUCUAUACCGACCGCUGGAUAGAACGUUUUGGCAGCUAAUCCUGAAUUGAGUAUCCGUUUUCCUUCCCUUUCCUGCUAGGAUUGGACUAUUCCGAUUUUCUGGUAGAUGAUAUUUUCACUUAUGAGGAUAUCCUCACUGGUGAAUGCAUUAGUCCAUAACUAGGAAAUGGCACUGAAUUCUUUGUUGUUUGGCUUCGUUCCUGUUAUUAUUUGGUGGCUGUUUCUUGAGACCUGAUUGGAUUUGUUAUCCAACGAGCUAAUAUGCUUGGUCAUUUAAAAGUUCAAGGUGCUUUAAUUUGCGUGCCGUAAGAAAUUAGCUGUUUCAAAUGCAUUCAAUUUAGCUGCAUACUCUGUGUAGUGACAAUUCUGAUUUGUUAUUUCUGGAUUUGCGGAUAAGAGAAGAGUAGAUGCUACUUUUCAAUUUUGAAGCAAGUCACAUGCAUGUACUAUGUGCUAUCACUGUGGAAAAUACUUUUGAGAACUAAACCUGCAGCUCCAAGUAGGUCUGCUUGCUGCAACUAAGCAUGAAACUAGAGUUGAUACGUCUGCCAGUUUUUUGAUUCAAGUUUUGAUGUCAGUGAAGCAUUCUCUCGUGAGACGGCAUAAUGCUUCUUUGAUCUUUCAUUGGUUAUGGCUCUACUUGACUUUGUAUUCUUAUCAAUUGCUCGUUUCUGCAAUAUCUCUUAUCAAUUUUGUCCAUGCACUUGAGAACUGCUAUUAUUUGCUAGCAUUUUCUGCAAGAUUGCUGCAUGAUUUAGGUGUAAUGGCACUUCUUUCUACCGUGACUAGAUUCGCCUACGUGGUGUCCUCGGGACAUAAGUUUCAAACACAAAAAAGCAUUUUGAUCUGAAGCUUGGUUUUGUCUUUGCACUGAAAAAGCUAGGUUUACACACAGGAUGGGAUCUACUCGGUCUACUGAAAAUUAUAAGAAAAUGUGAAGAAGUCAACACAACCCUUCAUUUAAGUAAUGUCCGUGUCAAAUGUGAUAAAACAUAUUCUGGAUCUGGUAUUUCCAUAUGGUAGUUGAAUUGCUAGAUAUUCACAUGGCGAAGUUGAUUUCAGAUUGUGCUGUCUUUUACGCCUUCUGGAUUUUUCUUUUUGAUAUUAUAGACAGAGAAUAAGCGAUUUCCCGGCUGAGUCCACCCCAAUACUUUCAUAGGGCGGCUCCAUUUGUUUUGUGUGAGUAUUUUCUCAACCGGAGAAUCUGAAGAUGUGCCCGUUGGAAAAGUACUUUUCUUGAGAAGAGGUUUCACGUUCCUUUUUUGUUCUUUGAUAUGAAGAUAUUUUAUUGUGGUUUGGAUAUUAUGGCUGCACUAGCUAGCUUAAUGCCACUGCUAAGGCUGUUGCUGGAGGCUGUCUGUGGUGAUCUUGCCUAGUUUCAGUCUGUGCUAGGUUAGGACCAGCUUUAGUUUCCCAUCCCUCAUCGACAUUGGUUUUGGUUGAAGAGGCCAGAUCCAUCCCAAUGCAAGAUCGACUUAACCAAUGUCAGGAUUGGUUGGGUUAGCAGAUUCUGCCUUGGGAUGGCUGAACUAUGUCAGAAUGGACCUGAACUGUCAAGUAGAGGUUAGUUGAACCAAUGCCGACGAUGAUUCACCAGCAUGUGGUAACUACAUGACAUGUGGUAAGAGGGGUCUUGGGUGGCUGCCUUUUUCACUUGCCGUUAGUAUAGCAAAAUCAUUCGACUUCAGGAUGAAAUUAUAUACUUGUCAACUUAUUAGGUAUUAAGUUUUUUGUGGAUUACCUGGAAUCACAUGAAGCUAUCCAUUCGAGAUCUGCAAUACAGGAGCAACUCAUUGUGCAUUUGACAGGAUUCUGUGAAGUUGUGAAGUGGAGGAAACAAAUUGAGUCUGACCGUUGGACUUCCUUCUGACUGACCAUGAAAGGGAGACCAAAAUUUUUAUUUUUCUCCGGGUGGAUGAGCAAGACUGUAAUGCAAAGUGCAGGGUAAAGAUGCCCCGAUGAUAUCACCAAACGAAAACAUUGCUAAGCAAGUUGGUGGAAAUUCAUGAAAGGAGAACUAAGAGGAAGUUGCAACAAACUCCUGGUUAAACAAUCUAUGCAAGAGUUUACUCCGGCUUGGUGUGGACUACCUAAUUUAGGUCUGGAAGCCUCGCAUAGAGAGAGUACCUUGGAAAAAGGGGCUCAAAAGGAAGGAUCGAGCAAGAUUGCGGACUCAGUGGCACAAUAGCAAUUUCAAUGAGAAAACUGUGAACGAUGAAGAAAAUCUAUUCAUGCAACGUCCGAUCAAUAACUGCAGUCAUUUGUCGUUUGGCCUUUUGGUGCGUUUCUGGGAGCAAUUAUGUUACACUUUUUCGUUUUUUUUUUUGGGACCAAUUUUCACAAAAACUGUUGCUUUUUAUUGAUUUAGUCAACCUGUCCCCAAGGUCAUUAAUUUAGUAGAUGCUGGAAUGCCCAUGCACUGGAUAGUGCUGUCCCAACGAGGAAGAGUUGCUUAAUCGACGUGUGUUUUGCUGCAAAAACAGCAGUAGCAGUGGCAGGCUAGCUUUCAUGAUUUGUGGAACUUGCAAGCUCUAGAACCUCGCGGAAGUACAUACUCUCCAACUCAAUUUCUCUGGAAGCUUUUGGACUGCUCUUAAGUUAUUGCAAGAUUUAUGCAGAUACUGUCCAAUUUUAUAUCUGCUGCAGAAUUUCUUCUUUAGUUGCUCUGCCUGGUUAACAGUACUGAGCUAUUUAUAUGACGUGUUUAUCAGGAAAAAAAAGUAUUAUGCAUAUAAAGACGACCUAUCGCAGUGUUUGAGAUACAAAGGCCCUAAUAAUUUGGAUAUAAUUUUUUUUCUCUUCUUCUUGCAUUAUUAGUGCAUCGUGCUUUGAUGUAUUUUGUUUCCGAGAUAUGAUACGAAGUCAUUUUAUAUAAGUAAAACGACAUCGUUCUUGUAACAUUUUCAUACAACAUAGUUUUUAUUUGGCAGAUGAUGGCAAUAUGCAUUUUAGUAAUUGCCAUAAUUUCUCACGUGUUCAAAUCCAGUAAGCUUAUGAUGAAAUGGAAAAAAAAUUAUAGCCCCGCGCCCAGAGCCAUUGCAGCAAUAUCUAUAUAAGGUGAAUGAUGGAGCAAUACAAGAGACACCACCAAAUCUGAGGCGCCUCUUCAGCGAAGUUUUACAACGAAAGAUUUCGUACGGAGGUUUUCUUGCUUCAUCCCCUGAAUACAGACAGUGGAAAGAGAGAAGUUGAGCAAUCAUGCCAAGUGGGGAUCCUAGGAGGAGUGCACGAAUUGUUGAAUUAGAAGCAAGAAAGGCCCGGGAAGCAGUAAACAAGAAGAGACAUUCUGACACUGAGGAGGGACAGUCGAGUCAAAGGCAAAGAACGGAAAAGGUUAAUCGUUGUGCAAUUCAGGCCAGUGAUCCCACAAACAAUACUGACUAUACUGCAAAUGCUGAUGAAGCAGUUGCAACGACUCUAGGGACUCCGUUACCUCAAAUAUGCGCUCUUGAAUUAUUGCUCGAUAUGCUAAAAAGGUAUGAAAUGUUAAAAUCAUCGUUCUGUCGGAAGUAAACUGGAGCAGUCACUCAUUAAGCUCUUAAUGACUGGAUGCUUUAAAUGUCUUCUGACGAGUCUGCAAAUAAUUUGACAUGAGAGAUUCGUACAAGUUCUUUGCAGAGCCAGUGAAUGCCGCAGAGGAUCCGAUGGAUUUUGCUACAAUCACGACAAAGCUCAGCAAAGGAAAAUAUGAGACACUUGAAGAAUUUGAGCAUGACGUCUUCUUGGUGUUCAGCAAUGUGAUGCUAUUCAAUGGUUCGGACACAAUCUACUACAGACAGGCUCGAGUGAUAAAAGAAGUAGCUGAGAAAUUAUUUAGUAAACUCAGAGCCAGUCCCGUGGACUUUGAAACUGAAUUCUCCAUGCCAAGGCAGGCUGCAGAUCACAGGCAGACUACGACUGCAUCAAGACUUCUGAAUCCUUCCUCUUGCAGCUGGUCGAUCACAGAAGGGGCAGCAGGAUCUAGAGGUGAAACGAAAAUAGAAAGUGCAGGACAAAGACGUGACGCCUUAGAUCUUUUCCCUUCGUUGCUUGGUGAGAGUGAGACGUUCAGCUCAGUUAUUCAGAAUGGCUUAAAUGCUCUAAUGCAAGCCAAUCGAUGCCCUGUUAAUUAUGGAGAACAUCCGGGGUAUAAUGGGAGGUUGCUAGAGUAUAUGAAGAGCUUGGGGCCCGUAUCUCAAAUGGUUGGCAUGAGAAAUCUGUGUAACCAUGAUGCAGAAACCUCUCAUCGUCCUCAUGCGACCUCAAGUUAUCAACUGAAAAGUAGUUCCGGGAAUCUUGUUCCAGGAUGUUCAGGAGGGUGGGAAUUCCCUGCUGCUUCGGUUGGCGAGAAUUCCAGGAGAUCUCCAAGUAACAGGGUGAGCACUAUAAAUAUAAGUAAAGGUGGAGAAAACCCGUGCAUAUUUGCUCAAAGGAAGUUUGGCCAUGGUCAAAGCUCAGUCGUUGCUCCCACGGGAACUCCAAUAGAAAAUUGGGGUGGCUGCAUUCGGGAAGGUGUUCAUCCCAUGAACAAAUGGUCAAACCUUCAUACGGGCUUCCCACAGGACAUGGGUUAUGCACCUCCUUUGGGUUCUUCAUUCCCCGUCUCUGCAUCUACUAACUUGACCUCCUCUGCAUGGAAGACCGAGAGUGAACCGAGAGAAAGAUGCUUGUUGAACUCAACGCAGAGGAAUAUGCAGGUCAUUAAUCUUGUUAGAGCAACGGAAAUGAAAUCUUCAUAUUUGGGAAUGCAAGGAGGUCUGCCUGUAAGGAAUGGUGGUGUUUUACAAUCUUUUCACCCAUGGCGCACUGAUGAUACGAUGAGAUCAAUUCAUAAUCGAGGUGCUGAAAUUGCCAUCGGGAUUCAUCCAACUUCUGACAAUGAUAGAGCUGUCUUCCAAUUGGGCUGGAGGUACAGAGGUGGUUUUGGGGAGGCAGGCCAAGACUCGAAUUGCCUAAGUACAGCUCCUCCGAGGGCUCUGCCAUUCAUGAGCCGUCCGCCUCGGGCAGCAGCUCGACCUAUAGAGAUCGACUUCUUGGGACCACCUGGGAUGUUGCGCCAACAACAAAGCCAACCUUCUGGUGGCGCGGUCGAGAAUGAGUCAGGUUUUUGUGAUGAUGCUGCUCAAGGAGACCGCAAAGGGAAGUCAAUUAUGAGAGCCGCUGACGAUCUCCCCCGACGAUCCCUUUCAUGAGCUUUGUAUUAUCCUUUUUUCGACUUUGUGAAAUACUAAAACUGUUGCAUAUGCUAAAGGAGAUGUGAUCCGACAUCUCCUGGUUAUUGUGCUUGUUUUGUACCGUGGUUCCAUUUCAUACAGUAUGAUGACAGUGCGAUGUUUAUGAUAUGCUAAGCUUGUUUGUUAUGAAUCAAA